CAGAGCGGAGUGGAACACGAGGGAAACUUGAGGACAACACACACACACACACGUCUUCCCCGGUGAGUCCGCUGCUUCAUGGACUUCAACCUCCCAGGUUCCAGUCUUGAACGAGGCACCAGGGCGUCGACAUCCCUCUCUAAACCCGACCGUCCUUCUGGUCCUGUUCCUGCCCCCGGCAUGGGCCCCAUGCGAGGGAUGCUGCGGAGGGUGGAGGGCCAGGGAUGCGCGCUGCUCCGCUUCCGAGGCCAGUGCACCGUGGGCCGCAAGUCAGGAUGCACUCUUCAACUUCCCGGCAACAAAUUAGUGUCCGGGAAACACUGCACCAUCACCAGGGACAGUUCGGGGACAGUCUGGCUUGAGGACACGAGUACUCAUGGCACGGUGGUCAACAGAAACGUGUUGGUGAAAAGGCGAGCGCACGUGAUCAAAGACGGUGACGUGCUCUACUUCUCAUACAGACCCAAGAACCCUGAGCAAAAUUCUUCCUUUGUUUACUACUCGGUGAGAAAUGACGACGCUGCCCUCGAAAGCAACGACAUGGAUCUCUCUGUGGAACCUUUGGUGCUCCCAAAUGCUCCUCUGGAUCUGACGGAGAAACACCCUCAGCUCUCAAGCACCUUUUCCCACCUGUGCAUUCAGCGCCACACUGGAUCACGCCCCCUGACAUCUUCAGUCGAAUACAGCUCUUCGUUGCUGAUGACUGAGAAGGCGAGGAUUGAGAACAUUCAGCAGAAGAGAAAGAAGAAGAAAAUAGAAAAGAAAAGGAAGGCCAAGACUAAACCACCUUUGCACGCCGUGAUGAAGGAGACGCUGACUUGUGUGAUCUGUCAGGACCUGGUCACUGACUGCGUCAGCCUUCAGCCAUGCAUGCACAUCUUCUGCGCCUCCUGCUGCUCGGGCUGGAUGUUGCAGUCAAGUCUCUGCCCCAUCUGCCGUUGCCGCGUGGAAAGCGUCAACAAAAAUCACAUCCUCAACAACCUGGUGGAAGCUUUCCUCCUGCUGCACCCAGAAAAGAGGCAGGAGGAGGGCCACAGGGGCACUGAGAAGGUGGCCCUUCCAGCCACGGUGCAACGUCCCGACGAGUACAUGGACCUGGUUCCCUCUGAAAACCACAGCAAUGACACUGGCAUUAACGAAACACAGGAGUUCUUCCACGGAGGCGACGCAUCUGUGCGCUGUCCGGAUCACCUUCCGCCCUUCCACUCUGCAGCGCGUUCUAGUCAGCAGCCUUCAGCGUCCACUGUGGUCCCCAGAGCCUACAGUAACGACAGCAACGUCCAGACCAGCCGUCUUCAGUGCCACUGCUGUGGUGAGCUGAUGCCAGACAGAAGGAUGGAUGCGGAGCAGGGACCUCCACUCAGCCAGAUUUGUGUUCGCUGUCAACAACCCUUUUGUCACCUGGACCUGGGAUGCUGGACCGAUUGUGGAGGCUGCCUGGGUCCUUUCACUGAACUGGAUUUGGGAGACAAUUGUCUGCAAAAAAUCCUGAACGAUAAUGAGUAUGAGUCCGAGAUCCUGCAGAACUACUUGUGCUCCAGAUCCAUGACCUGGAGAGACAUGGUGCGGGAGGCCUGCCGUGACGUGCGGCAGGGCAAGUACACGCUCUCCGAUCCAGGCAUCACGGCGCGGUGCCCCCUCUGCAUACCCUGCGCCUCGGAGGUCUUGAAGGAGGUGGCCUACCGUUUCAGAGAGAACAUCCCGGCAUCGGAGCUACCAGAUGAAGUGAGGAGCCGCCCCGACUGUUGCUGGGGGAGAAACUGCUGCAGGCAGGUCUGGUCACAGCCACAUGCCCAGAGGCUGAACCACGUCUGCGAGCAGACUCGACUGAAAAUCUGAUACUGGCCUCCGCCUGAGGUGCCGCCACACGCCGACACCUUGUUCUGGACAAUCAGCACCUCGUGACAUUCCCAGUUGAGAACAUAUACUGUAUGUGUUAGUCAAUCAUUUACUGGCCUUAUGAAUCACCUGUUUGCACCUCACGCUUGAAGAGUCGAUCACGGCUUUCACCGAGCGAGAAACGCCUCCUGUUUUGCAAAGGCACAAGCUUGUUCUCAGGCUGGAGUCUGGGGGCCACGUGGCCGAACGGUCAGGGCUGGGUUCAUAAUCUGAUGUGAGAUUUGGUGGGAACAUGGGGGGAUCAAUACGUUGUGAUGGGGCGCCGCGGGGGGCGUGGCCUCAAUGCUUUGCUCUGGAUAAUCAUCUGCGAGGUGCUUAGAGCGGCACAGAAGGCCUGGCUUUGUUGGAGACGCCGCCUUUCAUGUGGGCUUUAGGCUGCAACACUUGUGUUGCUGCAGAGAUGUUUGCUGCGACGGUCGGCCCCACGUGAGCCGACGCUCCUGUCCCGACGCUUGAAACUUGGACCAUCGCUCUCCAGGGCCCUCCAUGGUCCGUCCAUCCAUCGUCGCCCGCUUAUCCGUUGCCGGGUCACGGGGGCAGCAGCUUCAGGAGGUCACGCCAAACGCCUUUCUCCCAAGCGACAUCCACCAGCUCCGACUGGGGCAUCCCGAGACGCUCCCAGGCCAGGCCUGCCAGAGUCUCUCCACCUCGUCCUGGGUCGACCCCUCGGUCUCCUCCCAGCUGGACGUGUCUGGAACACCUCCAAAGCUCUACUCCGAGCCUCUCCCGAGUGACAGAACUUCUCACCCUAUCUCUAAGGGAGAGACGCCUGCCACCCUUCGGAGAAAACCCAUUUCAGCCGCUUGUAUCCGGGACCUUGCUCUCUCGGUCAUGACCCAAAGCUCAUGACCGUAGGUGAGGGUCGGGACGAAGAUUGAUCUAGAGAGCUUUGCCUCCUGGCUCAGCUCUCUCUUACGGACAACAGUGCAGCAAAGGGAUUGCAAUACCGCCCCUGCUGCCUCGAUUGGCCGACCGAUCUCCAAAUCCCUAAUCCCUUCACAUGAGAACAACACCCCGAGAUACUUAAAUGUCUCCACUUGAGGCAAGAUCUCAGUCCCCACCUGGAGAGAGCAAUACACCCGUUUCCGGUUGAGAACCAUGGUCUCAGACUUCGAGGUGCUGAUCCUCAUCCCAGCCGCUUCACCUUCCAUGGUGACCUUUUUAUUUGCCCCGCCCACCUCGACGUCCCUCAAACAUUGAGGCCUUUCCCCAGUUUGUUUUUCUUGUCUCCUAAAAGGUGACCUUUACAGGGUCUGAGGGCGGGUUAACACCUGAGAUACCUGAGCUCCAGAGCCUUCCAUGGAGCUGUGAACCAUCAGAUGAUCCCUGAUGGUAAUGUCACGCGCACUGAUCAUCACUUCAGAUCACGGACCCUUUCAAUCACUGGUCGAUGCUGCUGAGGUGGACCACUGCAACAUCUGCAGGAACACUGGACUGACUUGGGCUGCGUCCCAUUUCUCACCGUAACACUAGCACUUAACACUAGCACUUGGUUCUGCACUUCAUGACGUCACAUGUAAAGACAACGUGUCAAUGGCUGCCGCGCUGUUUCGAGUGUUGGAGACAACGCUUUGGAAAUGGCAGCUCCAACGUCUUUGCAACCUCUGGCAUCGGUGCUGAUCGUCUCACCUGGUUUGGUGAACCAGCGGAGAAGAAGUUCGUGGAGCCUAUGUUGCGGUGAUAGAUGUGUUCGAGGCAUGAGGAUGCUAACGUUAGCCUGGAUGCUAGCCCACUGUAGAAACAUACUGUUGUACAUCCAUGUUGGAUUGUUCAUGUUGUGGGACACGGUGGAGCAUUUGGCUCGAGAACGUCUGACACCAGAGAAAGUCAACAAACGGAAGAGUAGUCCUGGUUACUAACAUGUCCCUGUUGUCCUGUCCAACAUUGUUUUGAAAUAAAGUACCUUGUUAUCCUGGAAGUCUAUCCACACUUCAUAUUCCCACUUAGUUUCAAGUCAGCUCCCUGGGUUUGAAGGCAUCAUUUCAAGUGGUGAACGGCGAGUGCCCUCAGUCUGAGGAGGAUUGGGACACACUACACUUGAACGCGAAAUGGGACACAGCCUUAGACUUGAGGAGAGACCAUGCACCUGCUUGGCUUGUGUGUGACGGUCACGUACCAUGUGCCAGGUUUGAGAUGACGACACGACAAGUCAGAACAGCUGAGGUACCUUUGUGUACUACGGUGGCCCUGAAGGGCAAGUGGCAGUUACAGAAACAGAAGCUCAACCACGAACACAACCGGGCGUGUUGUGUGUUUGAAGGCAUCAGAGUCCAACAGGGAACAUGGAAGUGUCCUCAGAGGCUGAAGUCCUGAUGAUGUCGUUCCUGUUGCACUCGGUGGAGCUUUCAAAUGACUUCAGCGACACAAUCUCUGACCCUUCGGGGCCACCGUGCUCAACACGAGGUCAUUGCUUCAGACAUGUAGACACUUGAGGUGUGACGUUAUUGUUAUUGUAGCUUUAGCGUGGUCUUGUAAGACGUGCGUUUGAGGCGCCGGGAUGCGGUGGUGACUGGAAGCCAUCGGCCACGGCGGGUCCACGCUGACAUUCCUCAGCAGCUAAGCCCCCUCCCCACCGCCCCUCACUGAGGGCUCUGAGUUUUAAUUCUUCCCCGCAGCAGGUCUUAAGCCAACAAGAGCUGGAGCCGCUCCAGUCAGGAAACCGCAAUAAAGAGGCUUUGGCAGUUUUGCCUGUGAGACACGUUCAGUGUUUACCAGCGGGAUUGUUGACUCACUUCAGCUGCAGAGGUGUGUUGACGUCCGCCUCACGGCCCCCUGACCUGGACUGACACGAGGGCGCUCGGACUCUCGCAAUAAAGUGGGAAACUCUAAAUAACUGAGAGAGCCUCAUUUCACGUUUGGGCAGGUCACCUUUCCAGGGUGUUCCUUACCUAGUGAAGCAUCACCAGCAUCUCAGCUGCCAUGCAGACUUGGACACUGGAGCUCUCGAGGUCUAUACUCAUGAGAAAAGGUGCAGCGGAGCGCUCACAUCCCUGUGGUGCCUCCAUGCGAACUGACCUGCACCUGGCUUCAUGAAGCAGUCCACUCACUCUCAAGGUCACUAGAGGGCGCACUCUGCUUCAGAAUGUUUGGCUUUGAAGUACCAGCUUAAGAAAAGUAGCUCUCUGAAAAUGCUUCAGGAAGCUUCGUGCUUUUUUCAAAUGCAAAUAUGAAACCGAUCAAGAUCCGGUUGGUUGAGGUCAUGAGCAGGAGCAACUCAAACCAGGUCUGAGACACAGCACUGUGUUGGAGACAUCAACCCACUACGCUACUGACAAUACAUGUCGCCUCUUAUUGCGCUGAUUCAGCAAAUGCAGAUGUUUUCAUUUUUUUCUUUUAAUAAAUGGGACUUUUUCUCUUGCGUAACUGAAAAAUAUAUUGAAAAAUGAAACCUUAUAAUGAAAAAUCAUAUCAGGGGAUGAAGUGGAAAAAAAUAUUUUUCAGUC